UUGCGCUGGGUUGCUAAGGGCGGUGUUGCGCUCGGUUGCUAAGGACGGUGCUCUGUAGCGGGAUCAUGCCGGAGAAGGCUCUGGUAACGCUGCGUUUUGGCCCAUAUUCGUCCAGCUCUGGGCUGGUGGAUCACCGGGUUUCCCGGCUUCAGGGUCUGAGAGCUGUGUUGGUAUCUGAUGGACACCAAGUUAUUUUAGAAGAAAUUUUGGAUAGGAACACAGUAGAACUGAUAGUCAAUGGAGAGCUUGUAUUCCGAUGUAACAUUAAAGAACUGGACUUUGGUGGAGAUGGGCAGCUAGACCCACUUUGUGAAGAAGCCAGAAAAGCAGUCAAAAAUGCUUAUUAAUGAAGAAAUGUUUAUGUAUCACCUGUAUUUUUACAGUAGCUCUGCUUCAACUUAAAGUUUAUGAAAGCAUAAUACUUGCCAUAUUCCCAGGUCCCUGCAGUGAAUCUCUAUAUCCCUAAAUGUCUACAGCAUUUACACCACAACUCACUCAGAACUUAAGGAAAGGAAAGACAAAAUAUGCAGUAAUGUAAUCCUCAAAACCUCUACCUUGGUCGAGAAAGCGAUCGCAACUGCUGAACAAUGAUCAUUUAUUGAAUCCUAAGAACUACAAUAUGCAGAGAAGAACAUAGUUAACAAUAUAGAAUUUGUUCCUCACUGUUGCUAUGGUGAUUAUUAAAAUGGUGAACAAGAAAUGCCAAGAAAGCAUUCCUCAGUUUGCUGUAUUACAUUAUGUAAAUAUUCACAUAUUUAUAGAUUGUAAGAUUUGUGCCAUAGGUAAAAAACAAAAGAAAAAAGGUUAAAAUGAAAAUGGGAAAAUUAAGUUAUUUCUUGGUGUCAUUUAUUUAAUCUUGCGUAAAUUACAAGGGAAAAGUCAUCUAAAUUAGAAAUUGUGCAGAGGAUUAAUGCAUCAAGUAUAAAGAUUUACCACUGACAUUAUUCUGUGAAUGUCACAACCCAUGCGCUGGUGAUUUUCUCAGAAAUAUUUUUUAUAAAAAUAUAUACUUAUAUAGCUA